CCUGCAUAAAUUCCCAUGCAGGUCAAAGCUAGAAAGACUUGUGAGUCGUUCCAACGAAGUUCUUAACUUCUCCUCAAUACUAGGAAGAAAUAAACAGUCUCAAUGAUAAUGCCUACCAGGAAGAACAGGGUUGAGAUCAGAGAAAAAGCCUCGGUGAUCAUGCUUAGGCUUCUCAUUCAGAAGCUACAAAAGGGUCUCUCAGUCUUGGCACCCAGAGGACCUGGUCUCAGAGAAUCUAGACGUCAUGAAGAAGAACUCGCCGAAGCGCCGACAAUGGUGCCAGAUGAUGUGACCGAAGGACAUUUUGCGGUUUUGGCGGUGGAGGGUGAGGAAACACAAAGGUUUGUAGUUGAACUGGACUACUUAACCAACCCGGCAUUCUUAAGGUUACUGGAGCAGGCUGAGGAAGAAUAUGGAUUCACACAGAAAGGAGCUCUUCAAAUCCCUUGUCCACCCCACGAACUACAGAAGAUUCUCGAUCGCCGCACGAGGGAGAAGAGUGUACGCACGUGUUAUGUACCAUUAUAGAGAGUUAUUAGGGUGCAUGAAUGAAUGUGUUAAUUUGCAGCUGAGAUGUGUUAAUUAAUUAUUCACCCAAUUUAUUCCUCUUUUCUCACUUUCAAUUAGCAUUGAUAAGGAAUUUAUGUGCGUAACUUAUGGCAGGAAAAAGUCAAAUGUAUUUACUUA